GCUUCAUAGUUGUAUCGCGUGCGCAGGAGGAAGGGUGCAUUUUAUUAUAAUCGAUUCGUGUUAAUUUGUAGUUUUGAUACUUUUUAAACCACUCUUAAGACUUUUUUCUUAGUUCUUUCCUAAAAUCUUUAUCUAUUUAGCUUCUAAAUUAAUAAUAUAGUGUAUAGUUUAGUGAUUUAUAUGAGGAGAGAGAAAUGACAUUUAUUUUAUUCUGUAUUUAUUAAUAAACAUAAUAAUAAUAAAAGAAGAAUGGAAAUGAAUGAAACUGUUGAGAAACAGGAGUUAAACUUUGAAGACCGGCAUCUAGAUGAUGAACCUGUGUCUGACAUGCUGGAGUUCCUCAGCAUUGAUGUGGAUCUCAGGUCCAGUCCAUCAUCCAGAGAGGAAGCAUUAUUCUCUAAAAAUGUCAUGCGAAAGCAGCGGAACUGGGAGAGGAGACUAGAGGCAAAAAAGAGCAAGAGGAAAGAGGAGAAACAGAGAAGAAAGCAGAACCAGCAAGAUAAAGUAGAUGUGUCUCAGUUGAGUAAACGUGUGCUCAAGGCUAUCACAAGAGAGCGUUUAGAGGAGGCGAGAGCAGCUGGACCAAGACUGUGUGUGGAUCUCAGCAUGAGUGACUGCAUGUCACACAAAGAAAUCAGUCGUCUAGCCGGUCAAAUCAGACGUCUCUAUGGAUCCAAUAAGAAAGCCAUGCAGCCAUUUCAUCUCUUUCUCACAGAUAUGAAAGAAGACAGUCUGCUUUAUAAAGAGUGCAUCAGAAUGAAUGAAGGCUUCCUAAACUACUUGAUUGAUGUCACUGAGGAGAGUUGGACUGAACUCUUUCCUUCUGAGGACAUCAUUUAUUUAACUCCAGAUGCAAGUGAAGCUUUGGAGCAAGUAAAUGGAGACAAGGUCUUCAUUCUUGGAGGCCUGGUUGAUGAAAGCAUUCAAAAGAAAAGGAGCUACAUGAGGGCAAAAGAGCUUGGCGUGCAGAUGGCAAGGCUGCCCAUUGAUGAGUACAUGACGAAGAGAUCCAACCCAAAGAAUUUUCACUCAAAAAUCCUAGCCAUUAAUCAAGUAUUUGAAAUCCUGCUGAUUUAUCGUGACACUGGAAGCUGGAACAAAGCCCUCAGUGCUGGAGUUCCCACAGGAAAGGGAUACAUCGUGUGUUCUGAAGAAGAGCCAGAUUUAACAUGAUGAUCAUCAACUCAAUGACCAGCACAACACACUCAGGACCCCGGUUUAAUUACAAACUUUACAAGCCUUCAAGAGCAAAGUGAUAAAAGAUUCUGCUUUUCUCUGGUUGCGUUCAUUUUGAAAUAAAACCUAUCCGGUCAGUUACUCAAUUUAGAUGCUAUUAGUUUGCUCUUAAAACUUUAUCUUCUCAUCGAAAUUUAAUCUAUUUUAAGUGAUUAUUUAAUUUCUAGUAUUUAUCUAAUGGACACUAAUCUUUCCAUCUUAUUUUACUGUUUAUGGUAAUUUCAUGUAAAUCUUUUAUUGCAUUUUGUUAAUGGUUUAUUUAUAUGUAUGUAGUCGGUUACCAAAUUGCUGUAUUCUCUAGAAAGCUGGAAAGGAAAAAAUACUAUUUAGGUCCAUUAGAUGGCGCACAAUACAAAGAUGUGACUUGGCAGUUUAUUUCAGCUGCAUUUAUGUGUCUUUCCAUAUAAAGCAUGCAGGAAUAAACAAUAUAAAGUAUACUGUAUAUAUUUAAAAUAGGAUUUUUUUUUUACCACAUUUACAAAGCGUCAUUGUCAGUUAUGUAUGGGAUAUGUCAGUGUAUGACUGUUUCAAAUAAAACUGAGUUGUUUUUUUCACCUCAGCAAGUUGUCAUCUAUUUUGAAAUAAAUGCU